UCAGUGAAUUCUUUUUCAUCCUCAUUCUUUUGUUCUUCUCUUCUCUCUCUUUUUCCUUCUCCGAAUGGAUCUCCAAAGGGAGAGGAAAUCCAAGAUUACGGCUUCACGCAAGCUCCUGCUAAAGAGCUUGAUGCUGGCCAAAGCUAAGGAGUGCUGGGAACAAGAGCGCUUGGAGAAGGAAGCUGAGAAGGAGCGCUACCUCGCCGAGCGGAUCCCAACCCUUCAGACCAGGGGGCUGUCCCUCAGUGCCCUCCAGGACUUGUGCCGGGAACUGCACGAGAAGGUGGAAGUGGUGGACGAAGAGAGGUAUGACAUCGAGGCCAAGUGUGUCCACAACACCCGAGAGAUCAAAGAUCUGAAGCUGAAGGUGAUGGACCUGCGGGGGAAGUUCAAGCGCCCCCCUCUACGCCGGGUUCGGGUCUCGGCUGAUGCCAUGCUCCGGGCCCUGCUUGGCUCCAAGCACAAGGUGUCCAUGGACCUGAGAGCCAACCUCAAGUCGGUCAAGAAGGAGGAUUCGGAGAAGGAGCGCCCGGUGGAGGUGGGUGACUGGCGGAAGAAUGUUGAGGCCAUGUCUGGCAUGGAGGGACGGAAGAAGAUGUUUGAUGCUGCCAAGUCUCCAACUACCCAAUGAAAGGUGGGUUUUCCUGACUGAACUGUAGCAACAGCCCUUGCCCACUGACCCUGCCUGCACUCACGCCCCUCCUCCCGGCCCCCACCGAGAGCAGUCCUUCAAAUGCUUCUGCCGGAUCUCGUGUCCUGGGCCUCCUGGGUCUAGCCUCACGGCCAUCGCCAGAUACUACGACCCUGGGCUGCAGCCCCCAGUGAAGCCGGCCAGGGAAGCGGACUUGGAGCACCCAGUGUGGGAGGAACCUAGGCUGAGGCCCUACCUGAGGCUGCAGCUCGACCCCAGGCUACGGGCUUGACCUGAGGUUUCAUCUCAGCCCCUGCCAAGCCAGGAAGGUCCCAGAGCUCAUUCUUCCCCGUGGCAUCCCUGCCAUUCUCUCCCCAACUCACCCUGCCCACCUGCCCACAGGGGGCUUCCCCGCAUCUCUGCCAGGCUGGUGCCAGGCUGGCAACCUCCCCCCCCAAACCCCUCCCAACCCUCUCACCCUCUUCUCUGUUCUUGUCUCACCCUUUCCCUUCCAUCCACUUUUCAGGUGUGACUCCU